CGAUAAAUGCAUAACACCGCUAUACAAUCUUUAUAAAUAAAUAUUACAAUUUUAUCAGUGAGAAGAAAUGAAGAAAGUUUUGGUAACAGGUGGCACUGGGUUAGUGGGAAAUGCCCUGAAAACUAUAAUUGACGAAAGUGGCACUAAAGAUGAAUGGAUAUUCGUAGGUUCAUCAGAUGCUGAUCUGACUGACGGCAAUGCAACGCGAGCGCUGUUUGAGCGUGUUAAACCCACGCAUGUCGUGCAUUUAGCAGCGAUGGUUGGUGGGCUCUUCCAUAAUAUGAACAAUAACUUGGACUUUCUGCGUAGAAAUCUGCAAAUAAAUGACAAUGUAUUACAAAAUGCCUAUGAACAUGGCUGUGUUAAAGUAAUAUCCUGCCUAUCAACAUGCAUUUUCCCUGAUAAAACCAGCUAUCCAAUUGACGAGACAAUGGUGCACAAUGGCCCACCGCAUCCUUCCAAUUAUGGUUAUUCAUAUGCGAAAAGGCUCAUCGACAUACAAAAUCAUGCAUAUCAUGAUAAAUAUGGCUGCAUGUUCACUUCAAUUAUUCCUUGCAAUAUUUUCGGGCCGCAUGAUAAUUACAAGCCUGAAGUGAGCCAUGUCAUACCCGGCAUGAUUAAUCGCAUGUACAGUUUGAUACAUGAAAAUACAGAUGUGCCGGAAAGUGAGAAAGUUUUUCUUGUGUACGGUAGUGGUAAACCAUUACGGCAAUUUAUAUAUUCGCUGGAUUUGGCGAGAUUGACAAUUUGGGUUUUGGACAAUUACGACAGUAUAGAGCCCUUGAUCUUAAGUGUGGACGAGGAAAAUGAAGUUACAAUUUACGAUGCGGCAGUGGCUGUAGCGAAAGCUUUUGAUUUUAAGGGCAAACUUGAAUGUGAUACCAGCAAAGCGGAUGGCCAACAUAAAAAGACUGCUUCAAAUCGCAAGUUGCGUAGUCUAUUACCCGAUUUCCAAUUCACUGACUUUGAGGCAGGCGUUAAAGCCUCUGUUAAUUGGUAUAUUGAUAAUAUAAGCAAGGUUAGGAAGUAAUUGCGACGUUGUUGUUUAUUUUUGUGCUUUGUAUUGUUUUUUUUUUAUUUUGUCUAUGCACAUUUUUACCUUUCGACAAAUAACUAUUAUACAAUUGUUUUGUAAAAAUAUACGUAUGUAGCUAAAUAAACAGGUUAAUGCUUCCACAAAUAGAAUGUUUGUACGUAUGUAUAUCAUUUGCAAUAAAAGUAUAUGAUAAUAUGUGAUAGUGAUGCAGCCAUCAUUUCAAGGAGUUAAGGGCACUUGAUAUUUAUUAUCAGCAAAUAUUUUCAAGUUAUCACAGCAAAAUACUUAGAAAUCAGAUAUUAGAAGUUGUUGUUGUAGAGUCUGAAUCGACAAGCAUAAGUCAAUUGUCAACGAAGUCACCCACGGGAGGUCCAGUAAAAGGGCUCUUUCGACCAAAGGUAAAAGGAUGUUAGAUGGAUGCUAGAAGGGAGAGUUUUUGGCGAAAGUCAGUCGCGUACGAAGUCCGGCCGGUACUGAAGGUCGUCGUCGACUUCCAGCAAGUGACUGCACGGAUGGUUUCUGAGAAUUCAUCGUAAAAUGAAUUAUAGACUCGACUGCCGUUGCGAACUUCUUUCAUCUCGAUCUCUUAUCACAAAUAUAAAACAAUUGUCUUUUAUUUUAUUAUUAUAUAACAUGUUUUAUAUAUUUAAAUACAUUUAUCAUAUACAUAUUUUACAUAAAUUUUACAUAAUCUCAUACAAUACAUACAAUAUUAGUUAUAAAUAUUUAUUUUAUUUAUAUAGGAGUCAUUUUGUCAUUUCGUCUUUUUUUGUGCUUUUGUGUUUUUGUUUUUGCAAUUAUUAGGGAAGUCGUUGAACAGCAAAACGACAAUGAAACAAGAUUAUAAGAGAGCUUAAUCAUUGAAUCAGGCACAUAAUAGUUAUGUACAUACAUACUAAAUUAUAUUUUAUUUUAUUUAAACACAAAGCGAAAAAGUGUACCGAACUCAACAAUGCCUGCAUGGAAAAUUCUAGCAGGUAUUCGUUUAUCGUAAAUUUUCCUAAACACUUAAGUUCUUUACACGGUAGUUUCAUAUAACUAAGGUUAUGAUAGAAUAAUUAUAUAGGUUUUUUUUAAAUAAAAUAUUUUAAACAAAAGAAAUAUCAAUGAGAAUGAUUACACGUGGUAAACCAAAAAAUAAUAAAAUUAAAUAAAAUAAAAUUUACUUAAAAACUUGAAAGUGUCCGCAUUUUAUACAUUACACCAAAUUGGAAUUGAAUAUAACUGAUUAAAACUAUUGAGAUUUACUUUUUGUUUUGUUUAAUGCUUAAGGCAAGCGGUUAAAUGCUGUAGGCGUGUUUGUUGUUGUGGUGAUAGUGUGGUAGUGUGAAUAUGUGAUACUAGAGUUUAGAGAUGUUGUGUGUGGUAUAAUGUCGUUUGAUAUUUGCUAAACUAAGGUCACUCAAUAUUUCUUAAGUCUUUUUCGCAUCUAAAGCACACCUUACACACGUC